AUGUACAUGAGAUCGGUCGAUGGAAGUGUCUCAAAGCCGAGAAGUCGGAGAUCCCUUGAAACAUCACACCCCAAGACUGAAAAUUUACUGUCUUCCAAAGUAUCCCCUAAAGCUACUUUAAAUAUAUCAUUUGGAAUAAAAUCAACGACACUAAAAUCUUCACCUAUAAAUUCCACGCCUCAAAAAACCUAUGAAAAGCGCAAAACUCCUGAAGCAACCUCCAAACCUAGUUACAUACCUCUUUCCAAGAAAUCCGUUGAUAGAAAUAUUCGUACUUCGACGUCACCAUACAAGCAGGACUUAGCUAGAGAAACCGCAUCUAAAACAGAUAAAUCGAAAGUGGAAGUACCUAGAAAUCGAAAUACACGCAAAAGUCCUGAAAAAGCCAAGAGUGACACAGAAGGUAAUCGUAUCGAUCGAAGACAUCGAGCUCAAAAAGAUAGUGAAAGUCUUAGCGAAAAAUAUCAUUAUUCUAAGAAAAGACUGACUAGUAUAGAAAAUAAUUCACCAAGAAAAACAAAUGACACUAAAAAUGUUUCGCCUAAAAAUGUAAUAAAUGUUAAUUCUCAAGCGAAUCAGGAUACAAAUGUAAUUGCUUGUUUGAAAAUUUGUUUUGAAAAUUCUAAUACUCCUUCUAAGAUGUCUACGCUUCACGAAACAGUUAGACCACACAGCUCUAGACUUUCGCAGGAGAUGGACAGCUUAGCUGCGUUGACUAAACAGACAUUAGAUAGGGUUAACAAAUUGUCGAAUAACUUAACUAGUACUAAGAUAAAUUUAGACGCAUCUGAGCCUCGUUUCGACUCUUUAUUUACGCCAAAAGCCGAAAUGAAAAAUAAUAAUCACGGAUAUAAUUAUGGGUUAUUAAACGAAAAGCCCUUAAUUAACAGAGGAGUAACUGAACGAUUAAGAGAUAUAGACACGGCAGCUCAGAGACUGAUUGAUUUUGAAAAACAGAGUGCAAUGUUUUCUGAUCUCAAUAACGAUACGUCUAGUCAAAAUCGCCGUCACGAUACUUCGUCGAUGUCAUGUAGUCAUACGCCCGUGUCUAUUUUAAAACGAAAACCUAUUCACGAAGAUGUUGUUGCAUCCAGUUCCGCUAAUCAUGCUAUUGCAUCUCCCCCAGUAACAUUUUCACCUAACGUUGUCGAACCACGAAACGGUCGACCUGAUAACAGACAACGUCAAGGUAUUUUGAAGAAACGUCGAAGUUUAGAUGAGUCUCAAGUAGCACGAAGAAGAUCAUGCAGCCCAGAAGUUUCUUUUGCUGAAGAUGGAGCUUCAGAAAUAAGCAAAUCUAUUUUGAAAAACAGAAGAUCGUCUUUGGAAGAUGUUGUAAGAAACCGAUCACCGGAUGGCCAAAUCCAAGGCAUCUUAAAAAGAAAAUUGAGUAGAGAAGAAGAACACCAGAACGAUGAUGUCUCUCAAGGUUCGCCCGAACCUCAUGGAAUUCUAAAACGGAAGUCUAACUCUAGUUCUAGCAGUAGUACUGCCUCAUCUCACGUUUCAAUUGCUCAAGCUGUAUUGCUAGCAGCGGCGGGGGGUGCUGAGAUUGUUGAUGACGACAAAGAAAUUGUUAGACCUAUAUUAAAGAAGAAGAGUUUUUCUGAAGAAAGACCUUGCCUGGAUAUUGUUCCAUCUGAAACACCCAAACCGAUUUUAAAGAAAAAAUCAGUAGAACACGAUGAUUAUGAUUUCGACCUUCCUAAGAAACCGAUCCUAAAGUCAUCAAAAAAAUUAUCCGGAGACGAAGGACAUGCUUCUAGUUUCGAUUUGAGCGAAGACGACCGAAGCUCCCGAAGGCCUUCGCUUCUCAGAUCCAGGACAUCUGACCAUUCGGGUUCGGAAUGUGAAGCUACGGUUAGACCUAUUUUAAAGCAAAGAGGUUCGAGUUUAACUAGGGAACGUAGCCAAUCGCCGCGCCCACGACUCUCUUUUUGCGCGGACAACGAUGCGAACAUUAUUAGUGUGACGAAUUUCAGUUGCGACGCGAACGACUUGUCGGCGGCUGGACCGCGACGAGGCUUAAAUAUCGUGCCCGCACCUAGUCAGGAAGAUAGUUAUCCUUGUGCAGUGCUAAGACGUAGGAAUCUUCGUCCUAAGUCAAACCCGCGAUCAAAGAGUCUUGCUUGUGAUGUGAAUGAUGAAUUACUGUCAAUUCUAAACAACCGUAGAUUAAAGGUGGAUGAAAAUUGUGAAAACGGAUUUUAUGAACCGUGGAAACUCGUUGACCACAACGACAUUGGAGAGGAUAGCAAAGAAAAAUCCUUUCCUUCAAUUGCAUCAAGGAUAAAGUCAAUGGAACAAGCUCUGACUAAAGAGUUGUCACCACGAGACCAACCUUCUACUUCCAGGGCAAAAACUCGCGACAAAGAGCGUUAUAAAACUCAACCCAUAACCAUAGAAGAGAUGUGUUCAAUAACUUCCAGUUUGGAGCCGGGCCAAGCGCGUUUUCAAGCGUUCGGCCCAGCGGGCUGUAGUUUUCCGAGUCAAUCCGUUGAGUCCGGUGUUGCUCCCUCUGCUGGGGGCAUAUUUCCCCUUGCGGGGGAUCCCGAAAGAGACCCCUUCAUAGAUUACGAGAAGGCACUGGAUUCGCCACCAUUUGGUUUGAGUUCAUUCAAUGCAAAGUCGCCACCGGUUACCAACUGUCUCUCAGACAGUGGAAGUGCCAAGGACGAUAGUUACGGAGAAGCUACUUUUCUAGACUUUGAGAACAUUGGCGUUGACUCAGAUAGAAAACAGUCGACAUUGGAUGCGAUAGAGCAAGAAGUGAACAAGGUUCGAGUCGCCCUUGAUGAAGACAGCCGUGCUUUGGAGGCCGAUGAGAGACAACAAGCGGAGGCUGAUAACUGGAGUUUAAAUGUUUCUUGUGAUAGUGGUGUUUACAAUCGGGCCUCCUCCAGAGAUUCCGGACCACAUUCCGGUGAAGAGCUCGGUUUGAUUGAGAGACAGGAGAUAGUCGAAAAUCACACUACCAACAGCAGUAGUAACGAGUGGUCUCCAUCCUCUAUUGAGCGUGGUCUUCUUAACAUGGAUCGCGAAAGGAAGUCUACAGAAACGGAGGUUCUAAAAAGCCCUGAAGAGGACAGGAGUGACGAUGAGGACAGAGAGCCUAGCGCCUUCACACUGGGUCUCGCUAAGAGCAACAGUGUGGUUGCUAGAGCAAGCAUGUGGCAGCAAUUGCAGCAGCAGGCGAAAGGUACACCAAAACCUCUGCUCCGUCACAGUCGCUCCAAGUUGAAGGAAGGUCCUUCAGUUGCGGAUAGAUUCAAGACCCAGCCGAUUUCCUUCGUUGCGAUAGAGCAACCCCAAAAGGAAGAAUCUACCGAACAGCCGUUCUCUCUCGCUCAGUCCAAAAGUACUGCAAACGUGUUGGACAGGGACGAAGAUGCUAAGUUAGACGAGGAUGAUCCAGCGAAGAUGUCUCUUUCGGAGAAAAUGAAAAUGUUCAACGCGAAACUGACUCAUAAGCCGCCGAUGGCCGGUUUGCCCAGGCCUAAAGAAGAUAGAGUGCCGAGAACCUCCCGCCUGAGGACAAUGCCUGUGUUGGCCAGUCAAGUACAGGAAGCAAUGGAACAAAAUGAGAGGCUCACCAAAUCUUUGACGCACGAAGAUGUGCCGCGCACUAACGACUUUCAAUUAAAAAUGGAAUUAUUCCGUUCGGCCAGCGCAAAGAAUACAUCGUUAGAGUAUAUAAUGAGGCAGAACUCUAAGUUUAGGAGCUUAGAUCUGGACGACGACUCGCCGUCUGAACGCGCGCAGAGAAUGAUAACGCCUGAAGUGCGCGGGAUUCUGAAGUCUGGAUCUACUGUAGUGCCCAGACCAAAAACGCUGGCGAAGGGAGAAAGUUCUGAGGUGUGUACAACGAGAGGUUUAAAAGAUGAGGGCAUAGACAGUUCCUCGGACGAAGAGUCUGUCUCAGCUUCAACAGUUUCUUCAUCUGAGAAGAGUUGCUCAUCUUCCGACAGUUCUGAUGAGCAGCCGGAUCCAAAGCCUAAGAGAUUCCAGCGCAAGCCGAAUAAACUAAAGAACUCCAGAACAGAAUCUGACCUUCCUAGACAUCAAGACCCAUUCACACGUCAACAAGAUCCGUUCCCUAGACCUCAAGAUCUAUUUCCUCGUAAGAUUCAAAUGCCGUGUGCUACUGAACUCAAGGAACGCUUAACUCAAGCCAAGAAUCCUGAUGUUAAGAUCCCUAUGCUUGCCAAACUUGGACGUAAACCUUCGGAAGAGUUGAAGAAAGAAGAUGAUCAGAAUAGGUACAGAAGAUUCGUAAAGAAAAUCGAUGAACCUAUUCAGCUGGGCAAGCUGCGCAGGCCAGUGGAUAAGCCGCCAGCACCCCUGCAAGAAGCACCUCCUACAGUUCUCAAAAUAUCAGCUUUAAACCAGGCUGCUAAGGACAAGUUCUUUGGCCUUGAUGCUGCGAAGAAGGAGAAAAGUAUUGACGAGCUGGCUGCAGCAGUUAGAAAGUACAUUCCACCGAUGAGCAAAUCAAUGUCGAUACACACAAUGGAGGUGCCAGGUUCGGGCAGCGACGGAGAGAGCAGUGGCGGUCGUGAAGUGCGACACAUCAACAGCAGAGUUCGACACAGGUUCCUAGAGGAAACUAUUUUGGAUUCAUUAUAUCGUUCUAAACAAUAUGCAGGUAUAACAAAAAGGUGUUUCCCACAUUUAGGUACGGAGAUAUGGUUGAGUUAA